UCAUAGCCUCCCCGAGUCCCGGACAGUAGGGUGCAUCUCAAGACUGCCGGUAGUACCGCGCCUUCCCCAAUUUCCAGAAACACCGCACGCAGCACCGGCAUUUCCACUCGCACAUUGCCAUGAGGUUGUCCGCGGCUCUUCGUAACGCAUGCCGGAACCUCCCGGUUGGUCCAGGGCAUGUACCCCGACACGGUUCCUGUCUAGUUGGCGCCCGGAGGACCUCCACGCCGCUUCCAUUCGGGAGCCACCGUGCCCUCGCGCGUGAUGCAAGCACGGGCAGCGGCCAAACAUCUGAAGCGGCGGUAAAACUCAGGAAGCAGCGAGAUGGCUCCGUCAGCGAACACGCCAUCAGGGAGGUGAUACAGCAGAGCAGACAGGAAUUGGUCCAACUCUGCAGAGAGAACACGGCCAUCACACCUGUGCUCGCCAUUAUCCAGGCAGCAGAGGAUGACCGUUUACUGGAGAUCAACAAGAAGAUGGCGGCCAAGGUGGGGUUGAGCAUCAUGGAUAUCAGUCUGCCGGGGUCCUGCACUGAGGAGGAGGUAUUGGAGGAGGUACUGCGUCUGAAUGAGGACGCUGCUGUGCGGGGCAUCUACCUGCACCUGCCCCCCUCCCGCAUCACCCCUCGCCUGCUCAGCAGCCUCGCUCCACACAAGGACGUGGAUGGGGUGUGUGAUGUGAACGUGGGGCGCAUGGUCCGGGGGGACCUGAGCCAAAGCUUCACCACUCCUCAGGCCAGAGCUGUCAUGGAGCUACUGACCAGACAUGAUGCAUGUCUAGAGGGAAAAACUGCAGUCAUGGUGGGAGGAGAAGGACCCCUUGGGGCUGUCCUGCAGUGCCUGAUGGAAAAGGCAGGCAUGGCGCUUCUGAGAUGUCACCCCGAUACUGCAGCUCUUCAGAAACAGGUGGGGGGGGCCGAUGCGGUGGUGGUGUUGGGGGGGGCUCCCUCCCCCUUGCUGGCCGGAUGGCUGAAACCUGGAGCCGCCCUCAUCUCCUGUAGCCCCAGCUUAACAGAGCCCUGUGCGGGGGCAGAGUCUCUGGCCGUGAGCUCCUGGACUGAAGUGGCCCAACUGAGUGCUGCCUUCAGGAUGCAGAAUGUGGUCCAGAGCUGUGGGAUGUGGGCGGAGUGUCAGAGGUAUCAGCCCUGGAGGCUCCGCCCCCUGAAGCUGCAGCCACUUUCACCUGUGCCCAGUGAUCUGUCCAUCUCGCGGGCCCAGACUCCUAAGCCCAUUGGUCAGUUGGCUCAGGAGAUCGGCCUGCUGCCCGAGGAGCUAGAGCUGUACGGGCGCUCCAAGGCCAAGGUGCGCCUGUCCCUGCUGCAGCGUCUGCAGGAGCAGCCCAACGGCAAAUACGUCAUCGUCGCCGGCAUUACUCCUACUCCACUGGGUGAGGGCAAGAGUACGGUGACCCUCGGUCUGGUCCAAGCCCUCUCUGCUCACCUGCAGCUCAACUCCUUCGCCUGUCUGAGACAGCCUUCCCAGGGACCCACAUUUGGAGUCAAGGGUGGGGCAGCAGGUGGGGGUUAUGCCCAAGUUAUUCCUAUGGAGGAGUUCAACCUGCACCUGACGGGCGAUAUCCACGCCAUCACCGCAGCCAAUAACCUUCUGGCCGCCGCCGUGGACGCCCGCAUCCUACACGAAGCCGCCCAAUCAGAUAAGGCCCUGUAUAACCGUCUGGUGCCGUCUGUGAACGGAGUCCGCCGCUUCUCCCCCAUCCAGCUGAGCCGGCUUCAGCGUUUGGGGAUCAAACACUCAGACCCAGCUGCCCUGUCACCUGAGGAUGUGAGGCGAUUCGUCCGUCUCGACCUUGACCCUGAGAAGGUCACUUGGCAGAGAGUGCUAGACACUAAUGACCGUUUCCUGAGGAGAAUCUCAGUGGGCCAGGCACCUACAGAGAAGGGCCACGUGCGACAGGCUCAGUUUGAUAUAGCGGUGGCGAGCGAGAUCAUGGCCAUCUUGGCGCUGGCUGAUGACCUCACAGAUAUGAGAAGGCGGCUUGGGAGCAUGGUGGUGGGCAGCAACAGGAGUGGACAACCUGUCACUGCAGAUGACCUGGGAGUGACGGGAGCUCUCACUGUGUUGAUGAAAGAUGCCAUCAAACCCACACUCAUGCAGACCCUCGAGGGCACCCCUGUGUUUGUUCAUGCCGGCCCUUUUGCCAACAUCGCCCACGGCAACUCGUCAGUGCCCAGCCAUUGACUGGCCCUCAGCUGGUGGGAGGGCGGAUAUGUGGUCACGGAGGCUGGCUUCGGAGCGGACAUCGGAAUGGAGAAAUUCUUCAACAUCAAGUGCCGGGCCUCCGGGCUGCGGCCCAGUGUGGUGGUGCUGGUGGCCACGGUCCGAGCGCUCAAGAUGCACGGCGGCGGACCCAACGUGUCAGCAGGAGCACCGCUCCCCAAAGAGUACACUGAGGAGAGUUUGCAGCUGGUGGCAUCUGGCUGCAGUAACCUGAAGAAGCAGAUUCAGAUUGCUCAGCUGUUUGGGGUCCCUGUGGUCGUGGCGCUCAACGUCUUCAAGUAA